AAAAUAUAGUAAGUUUGCAUGUUUGUUUACAUCGUGCAUCAUUCGUGAUAAAAUAACAAUUUUAAACUUUAAAAAUGAGUUUAGAAACGAAGAAACGAAAACUGCUCUCUGAAUAUGAAGAAAGUCUUCGUAAAAAGGUCAGUGUGAAUGAAAGGGAAGAUUCCUUAUUAAAUUCAUUUCGGAAUUUCUCACCUAUUUUAGCUGAUGAAUAUUUCCGAGCAGUUGAAACUGAAAAGAUAUUUGUGGGAAAAGUAAUAGUGAAGAAAGACACAUCUCGUUUAAUAAAAGAAUUUUCUAGGAUAUGGCCUUUAGAAGGAAAAUCACAUUUAAAACGAGUUAGGUGGACUCCCCAGAAAGAUGUAUUCGAGAUACUUAUUCGUCCUGUAGCAGAAGAUGAGUUGAUUGCUGAUUGUGAAGUAUAUUCCUUAGAAAAAGUAAUUGGAAAUGCAGAUAUUAAUGCAUCAGGUCUGAUGGAUUGUGUAAUUGUUCGAGAAAUACCAAAGUAUCCUGCUUCGACUUACAAUCAGUAUAAAGAAUCUAUGAAAUUUUGGCCUGUUCAGUUUCGAGAAGACAAAUAUACAGAACAAAUUUUGAAUGAUAAAUUGUUCACUUCUGAAGAAAAGAAGGAAAUGGAACUAUUGAUGAAGAUGUGUAUAAGUGCUGCAAAAUAUGGUGAUAUUAAAGUUGGCUGUAUUAUUGUUGAUCCAUCAUCUUCAAAAAUUAUUGCAAUUGCUCAUGACUGUAGGAAUUUGCAUCCUAUGCAACAUGCUAUUAUGGUUGCAAUUGAUCUAGUGGCUAGAAGUCAAGGUGGCGGAUCGUGGAACAUUGAUAGUGAACAUGUGUAUCAUUUGCCUUUCUCUAAGGAAGAAGCUGAGAAAAAUAUUGCUGAAUUGAAAAGCCUGAAUCCAGGGAAAGAUAUUAAAAAAAUGUCCCUUCCUUAUUUAUGCACUGGAUAUGAUCUUUAUGUCACAAGAGAGCCUUGCAUUAUGUGUGCUAUGGCCUUAGUUCAUUCAAGAAUCCGUAGAGUAUUCUAUGGCUGUAGAACACCGUGGGGUGCACUAGGAAGCCAUUGCAAACUUCAUUUGCAGACUAGUCUCAAUCACCAUUAUGAAGUGUGGAGUGGUUUGCUAGAAAACCAUUGUAUUGAUCUGUUAAAAGUUGAACCAGACAAGAGAAAAUGCUCUUGAUGUUUGCUCCACGCUUAUUAGCUGUUGUAUAUGUUUUUAUACAAUAAAAACUGCAUAUUUGUACAUUUUAAAUAAAAAAUAUUUUUAUUCAGAA